AUGUUCCUCUGCAUGUCUAGGUGGCGUCUUAAUUCGCUUCCUGCUACAUAUGGUCUAACAUCUGAUAAAAGAAAAUCAUCAAAAGAACAUCAUGGUCCAACAAAUCCUGAACAGUAUCCACCUUUACGACAACGUAAUAGCAGAGAGACACUGCGUUCAAUUAGAUUAAAACCACAAGAAUAUUUUCUGUUUGGUGUUGCUUUUCUCUCCAUAGCAGCUUUAAUUACUUACAAUGUUUUCAUGUCUUAUUAUGAUCAUUUUUCAUUAAAUGAUAACACUUAUAUUUGA